CUCGCGCAGCUGGUUUUCCCUCCUCGAGCUCUCCGCGAGCCGCUCAGUCGAGCUGCACGCGCGCUGCUGUCCGGACUGCUGCUACUGGUCGUGAAUCAGAACUUGAAGCAAACAUGGAGGCCAUCAAGAAGAAAAUGCAGAUGCUGAAGCUGGACAAGGAGAACGCCAUCGACCGGGCGGAGCAGGCGGAGGCGGACAAGAAGGGAGCGGAGGACAAAUGCAAACAGCUGGAAGAGGAGCUGCUGGGCCUGCAGAAGAAGUUGAAAGGAGUGGAGGAUGAACUCGACAAAUACUCAGAGUCGCUGAAGGACGCCCAGGAGAAGCUGGAGCAGGCUGAGAAGAAAGCAACAGAGGCUGAAGCGGACAAUGAGAGACAGGCCAGAGUGCGGGCUGAAGCAGAGGUAGCUUCACUAAACAGGCGUAUCCAGCUGGUUGAGGAGGAGCUGGACCGAGCUCAGGAGAGACUGGCCACCGCCCUGCAGAAGCUGGAAGAGGCUGAAAAAGCUGCAGACGAGAGUGAGAGAGGAAUGAAGGUCAUAGAGAACAGAGCAACCAAAGAUGAGGAGAAAAUGGAAAUCCAGGAGAUGCAGCUGAAAGAAGCCAAACACAUCGCUGAGGAAGCUGACCGCAAAUAUGAAGAGGUUGCGCGUAAGCUGGUAAUUCUGGAGGGUGAUCUGGAGCGCUCAGAGGAGCGUGCUGAGGUGGCCGAGGCGCGGGUGAGAGAGCUGGAAGAAGAGCUUAGACUCAUGGACCAGAAUUUGAAGUCCAUGAUGUGUGGAGAGGAAGAGUAUUCACAAAAGGAGGACAAAUAUGAAGAAGAAAUCAGAGUUCUUACUGACAAACUUAAAGAGGCUGAGACACGUGCUGAGUUUGCAGAGAGGUCUGUGGCCAAACUGGAGAAGACCAUAGAUGAUUUGGAAGAUGAAGUGUACGCUCAGAAACUGAAGGGCAAGGCUCUCAGCGAGGAGCUUGACCUGGCCCUCAACGACAUGACUACACUGUAGAUGUGCUGUCAUUUCUCUCUCUGCUCCCCCUCUUCUUUUGUGAAAGCACCUCUCUGCCUGCUCGCUGUUUGGUUCCAUUCCACAGUGCUGUUAAAGGUU